AUGAUGGUCAUUGUCUUCUUUGCUUUGUUGCUUGCAUCAGGUGGAUUUCCACCUGCACAGACCUCAUGUCCUUCUCGGUGCAGCUGUCUCUAUCAUAACCUUAGUGAUGGAUCUAGGGCCAGGAGUGUGAUUUGUAAUGACCCUGAGAUUUUCCUGGUGCCUGCCAGCAUCCCAAGUGAUACAUCCAAGCUUAGAAUAGAGAAAACAGCUAUAAAGAGGAUCCCCAGUGAAGCGUUUAAAGACCUCUCCAAUCUGGAGUUUUUGUGGCUGUCCUUCAAUGUAUUAUCAUCAGUGAAUGUGGAGAGCUUCCGUGGAUUGAACAGUCUGGAAGAGCUCAGGCUUGAUGGAAAUUCUCUUACUGCUUUUCCUUGGGAGUCCUUAAAGUAUAUGCCCAACCUGAAGCUCCUUGACUUGCACAGUAACAAACUCUCUUCAGUCCCUGCAGAGGCAGCAAAGUACAUAAGACCUUUAACAUACCUGGAUCUUUCCAGCAAUAACCUGGUGACAAUGCCUUCUGAAGUCCUUGCUACUUGGAUGACAGUCAAACCUAACCAAGGAGCACAGAGUUCAAAAAUUAUUCUUGGACUCCAUGAUAAUCCUUGGUUUUGUGACUGUCGGUUGUAUGACCUGGUCCAGUUCCAAACGUCUCCAUCACUGUCUGUGGCCUUCAUUGACACAAGCCUGAGGUGUACUGCUCCUGAGAGUCUCUCAGGAGUUCUGUUCAGUGAUGCUGACCUAAGACGAUGCCAGGAGCCAAAGGUUCAUUCAGCGGUAUCCCGCAUCAGGAGCACAGUGGGCAACAAUGUGUUACUGCGGUGUGGUGCUAUUGGAGUCCCCAUGCCCCAGCUGAUAUGGAGAAGGGCAGAUGGGAAAACAUUGAAUGGGACAGUGAAACAAGAGAACUCUAAAGAUGGAAUUGUUUGGUCUAUUCUUAAUGUGCCUGCGGUCUCCUUCCAUGACUCUGGGAAAUAUAUUUGCAAAGCAACAAACUAUGCUGGGAGUGCAGAGGCUGUAAUUGCUUUAAUCAUAAGCAAGGCUCCAAAGUUAGACAAUGUAACUGCAACUGUAAAGAAAAUCAAAGAAAACACACAAACCCCUGUUGAAAAAGAAAAAGGUAUUACCAAAUACAUCUCCCCGAGACCCUCCUUUGUUCCUGUAACUACAAGUCCUAUGGGUUAUCUUGGUCCUUAUCCUGGCUUGCAGAGUGACACUGUUCCAGAGAGAGAGACAAAUGCACAACCAACAAGCCCUGAUCGACUCCUAGAGACCAACCUGAGCAACCUCGCAGCCAAUGCAUCCUCUCUGCAGCAAGACUUUGACAGAAUUGUUCGCUCAGUCAAAGUGAUUGGAGAUACAGACUAUACUGUGUGCCUAAUCUGGAGAGCUCCAAAAGCCAAUAACACAACAGCGUUUAGCGUGCUCUAUGCAGUAUUUGGAGAGAGAGACAUGCGCAGAAUCAAUGUCAGUCCCGGCAACAAUCGGAUCAUCAUUGAGGGUUUGGUUCCUAAAACCAAAUACAUUGCCUGUGUUUGCAUAAAAGGUCUGAUCCCUAAAAAAGAGCAGUGUGUAAUCUUCUCUACAGAUGCAGCAGCAAGUGCUAAUGGGACCCAAAAGCUUAUUAAUGUAGUUGUAAUCUCAGUUGCCUGUGUGAUAGCUGUGCCUCUGACUGUGGUCGUCUGUUGUGGUGCACUUAAAAGGAAAAUCCAGAAACUUCUGAGCAAAAAGUCUAAAGAUGUUCAGGAUUCAUAUGUAACAUUUGAGAGUGUCUCCCCCACCACAAAGGCCAAAGGCCUGGAGGGGGACUAUCUGUCCAAAAUUAACCCAGAGGAGUCCAAUAGAUUGCUAUCAGCUAGGUCUAGCCUGGACUCUGAGUCUAUCAAUAAGAUUGAAGAACAGCCAAAAGAAUACUCAUGCUGA